AUGUUGGAGUCGAACAAGUCUGAUAAAAGACCUGGUCAGGAUUUAGAAACUUGCAAUCACAACCAGGCCGACAGUACCACGGGUCCCUCACAAGUUAACCAUGAACAAGUACAGGAAUUGCAGGAGUUGAAGAGAGAACUUGACCUUCUGAAACUUGUUCUUAAAAGUGCAUAUAGUCACCUUCCCAUCGUCAUGACUGAGGUUGCAAUUUUUCGUACAUUCCUAGCCAUGAGAGAAGUUGAAAAACUCGAGUCCAAUUUUGGAGAUCUGGAAGUUGAUAUUAUUUCCCUUCAAGAAGAUUUUGAUUCAAACCGGUCCUUAAUGAGAGCUCAUAACAGAGCUAUCCGCAAGCUUUUGGGACCAGAGACUGAUUGUCUAGACAAGUCAUAUGAGUCUCCUUCUGAAGAUGAGACUAUUCAAGGAUCAUCUUCCCUGAGCGAUGAUACUAAUGUUUUAAGUCAGGAAAUGGAUUAG